AUGUCAGCCCUGCUCCUCCUCUUAGUGCGCGCACUGAUCGGCUUCCUGGCCUGGCUCACCUUUCUCUUCUCCAUCGCGAACAUCGCAUCAUGGCACAAGUCUGUACACGAUACUGCUUGGUGCGCAGAAGGCAUCGCUCAUGAGGAAGCGUGUAAGCUACCGUCCAAGUUUAUAGCAGCCUACGCCAUCGCUAUAGUGGCCUCUACGGCUUUCUUGGCGGUUGGAGCCUUCAGUGUCAUCGGGGCAAUCCGAUCUAAGGCAGUCGGCGCCCGUAGCAGGUGCAUCACUCUAGCGGCAACGUCCAUCGUCGUCUUCAUCCUCUACAUUGCCUUUCUUGCUCUCAUCUCUGCCAACGGCAAAAAAUACGUUGUCUCUAUGACGAGUUGGGAAGGGUAUGACAAUUACCUCGAUUCGCCAGGCGGCGGGCUCGGUACCUCUCCCAACGACGAAUGGUCAGGAUCCAUAAUUGACAACGGCGGCGUCGUUGCUCCUGGUAUGGUCGCCGCAAUCCUCGCUGACCGCAAGCUGCUACGCAGACUCAUUUCGCCACAUCUGACUUUGCGUGACUUGCACGGUGGAAUCGUGAGGCGUGACGAACGCUUUCCCGCUGGUCCAGAACCCGAUGGUCCAGAACAGCCCGAAUCAAUUGUAGCAUGGGCUACAAGAGCGCUUCUGCCUGAAGUGGUCGCGAUCGCUUUUGCUUGUCUGGAAUUCAUCAUCGUGUGCGCUGCCAUCGACCUGACAAAGAUCGGCCGACAGAGCGUGCACUCUGAACCUUUGCUGGCGAGGAGCACCAAAAUCACGUUUCAGCUGAAACAUAACCUGGCCUCAGAGCAGUCGAAGUCAAGUCGCUUCACAAGCAUUGAUGGCUGCAAACCUUCAAGUUGCCCAUCGAGUUGUGGCGAUGCAGCCAACUAA